UUCCUCGCUGGUGUCGCGCCACCAUGACAUCGUGAAGCAGGGCCAAUGAGCAGGGGCGACAGACGGAGAACCCUCUCUGUGUACAGUGAUCCAGAACAUCAGCUGAACUCUGAGUUUUCGCCAUGUUAUUAAUAAUCGUAACAUCUGCGCUCAGAUUACGAUCAGCCUGCAGAUUGCAGAGAAUACAAGGACACAUGAUGUCCACUAAAGCUGGGUCUGAAGUUCUGUUUGAGAAAGUUGGAAACGCUGGAGUCAUCACACUAAACAGACCCAAAGCUCUCAAUGCUCUGAAUCUCACCAUGAUCAAACACAUCUACCCUCAGCUCAAGAAAUGGGACAAAGACUCAGAAACGGAUCUAGUGAUCAUUAAAGGAGCAGGGGAGAAGGCAUUCUGUGCUGGUGGGGAUAUCAGAGCUGUCUCAGAAGCUGGAAAAGCAGGCGAUUCUCUCACUCAAGACUUAUUUCGUGAGGAAUAUAUUCUUAACAACACUAUUGGUACAUAUCAGAAACCGUAUGUGGCUCUAAUCGAUGGAAUUACAAUGGGAGGAGGCGUGGGUCUUUCAGUUCAUGGACGGUUUCGUGUGGCCACUGAGAAGACACUGUUUGCCAUGCCAGAGACGGGCAUUGGUCUGUUUCCUGAUGUUGGUGGUGGCUACUUCCUGCCCAGACUUCAAGGCAAACUAGGGCUCUUUCUCGCCCUGACUGGGUUCCGCCUCAAAGGGAGAGAUGUUCAGAGGGUCGGGGUGGCUACUCACUUUGUGCAGUCUGACAAGAUUGUGUCUCUUGAGAAGGAUCUUGUUGAUCUGAAGACUCCAUCUAACAGUGAUGUGGCCCAACUACUGGAUUCUUAUCAGGAACAGAGCAGUCUGGAUGCUGAGAAACCUUUUGUGCUGCAAGAACAGACAGAUGCCAUCGACAGGCUCUUUUCAGCUGGAAGUGUGGAGGAGAUCAUGGAGAACCUUAAAAAAGAUGGCUCUGCUUUUGCACUCAAACAGACUGAGACUCUGGCCAAAAUGUCCCCAACCUCACUGAAGUUAACUUUCAGGCAGAUUCAGGAAGGAGCGAGAAUGAGUUUGCAGGAGGUGUUGGUGAUGGAGUAUAGACUUAGUCAGGCCUGUAUGAAAAGACUGUCAGAUUUUUUUCCCUCUCUGCUUGCAGUGCUAAUCGAUAAAGACCAGAGUCCAAAGUGGAAACCUUCUACCCUGUCUGGGGUCUCAGAGCAGGCUAUUGAAGAAUGUUUCAGCUCCCUGGGUGAAAGAGAUCUCAAACUAUAGAAACUCUCCUCAAAAAUCCCGUAAGCUGCUUUCACAAACCUCUGAAAUUUAUCAAAGAAAUCUGCAGUGUUAUUUCUGUCAAUAUAGCUGACGAAUGCAAAAAUAAUUCUGCUGCUUACAGCUAAAGCAAAUGUUCCUCUGAGACUUCUGCACAGAUUCACUGAUCUUUAUGAUGAAAUGAACAAUGCUAGUUUCUUGUGGAAAUUCAGAGGUUUGGGGAGUUUUCUUUGUGCCAUUCCACUGGGAAAUGGAAUUUAGAGUAAGCUAACAAUUGAGAGCAGCCUAGUCAUAUUUUAAAGGGAAAGUUCAUCCAUAAAUGAAAAUUGUGUCAUCAUUUACUCAACCUUAUUUAAAACAUGUAUGCUUUUACUUCGGUUUUUUAUCUUAGAAUGCUGGUCUUUCUCACAAAAUUAACUUCAAAGAGGUUCUGCAGAUAUUCCAGUUUGAGUUCUGCAGGGGGAAAAAAGAAAACAGGUUAAAAAUUACAUUAAGUUGAGAAUAUAAUGACAGAAUUUCCUUUUUUGGGUGAACUAUAGGACAGUACGAAUUUACAGCACUAUUGUUGGGGUGAAUCUUGUUCUGGGAAUCAUAUCUUGCAUACUUCAUUCUUAAAGGUGUCUUUUUCCUCCAUGCUGUGUAAUCAUUUGUGUAAACGCUGUGGAAAGAGAAUGGCAGACACUCAUUUUUGCACUUGCUGCAAUCUGUGAUUAACCCUGACAACCUUAACACAUACCCUGGCCAUGAUUCAGUUUGGUGGGAUUAAAGUAUCGUCAUGUGAUGCAUAAUAUGACUGCCAUUAAGCACAGUGUUUACUACACAGUUCCACUGGCAUAGACUACAGAGUAUCAAGCCUGACAGAAUAAAUCUGAAUGAUUUUGAGACAACGUGAUGCCUUGAAUUCAAAUAAUUCAGGUCUCCUCUUCUUUGCUCAUGUAACUAUGUGGAUGUUCAUAAAAGGUGUGUGACCUAUAUGUGUGCAAAAACAAAAUAUAAAAUGACUGUUUUGUAUGUGUUUUUGGUUUUGAUAGCAGAUAUGGCAUAAAAUUUCAACAGUGCAUCUCAAUAAAAACA